AUGGCUUUAAUUUGAAUCUACCUGAUACUAGUUUCUUUUACUCUCCUUUUACAAUAUCCUAAAAUUAAUUAGAUAGAUAGUAGUGUAAGAAUUAGUUUGAAUAUCAAUAAAUCAUUAUUGUGGCAUUAAAGCAAUUUAUUAGCUCAUAAUAACAACCAAUGAUAUACCAGUAUCUACUUCUAGUUUUUAAUUCUAUCAAUUCAUCUUGUUGAUUAUAGUUAUCAACAAUUACUACAAUUGCUAGGCAACUGUUGUCAUGACGAACAUAACAACUUUCAUAGAGUUGACUAAAACGUAAUGAUCAUAUAAGAAUAUAACGUGUAUUUAGAAAAUAUUGCAUUAUUACGUGAUAAUACCAAUAAUAAUUAAGUGAACAGGACAUAACUACUGCAAUGGUACGAAUAACUGUCGAAAUGGUUCGAAAGAAAGCUGAACACCACGAUGGGCUCCUUGCGCCACUAGAAGAAAUAGCACUGCACCAAGAAAAUAUCGAGAAAAUUGAAUUCAUACAGGAUUGGUGUCCAAAACUUAAAAUACUCUUAAUGCAAAGUAAUCUCAUUGCAAAAAUAGAAAAUCUUAAUAAACUAAAGCACCUAACUUAUCUUAAUUUAGCAUUAAAUAACAUUGAGAUUAUAGAAAAUUUGGAAAGGUGUGAAUCUUUACAAAAACUCGAUCUGACUUUGAACUUUAUAGGUGACAUACUUAGUGUGAAAAAUCUUAUAAAUAAUUACAAUUUAAACAAUUUAUAUCUCGUUGGAAAUCCAUGCACAGACUAUGAUAACUAUCGAGAUUUUGUUAUUGGAACUUUGCCGCAACUCGAAAGUUUGGAUGGCAAGGAUAUUGAACGAUCUGAUCGAAUAAAAGCUUUACAAAAUCUUAAAAUAAUCGUAUCUGAUAUACUGUUUGAACAAAAUAACUACAAACAUCAACGCAUGAAACAGAAGUCAAGAUUAGAAAAAGAUAUUCAAUCAAAAUGGGAGAACCAAUAUAAGGACAUGGAUCCAGAUGACCGGAAUAAAAAAUUUUGGUCUGAAAAAUGUGAACAUGCUCCUGAAGUUCGGUAUGAGAUAGAAAAAAUGCGACAGUUGAAGAUAAAUAGUUACAACACUGAAAAGAAGAUGGAAGAAAAAAGGGAAUACAAAUUAUUGGCACCAGACGGUAGACCCUUUAAUAUUAAUCAAGCAAAAAUAUCUUUCAUGUUCAACGAUUCUGAUCCUGCUAAAUACGUAUUAGAUUUAGCUGUAUAUAAGCAUUUAGAUACUAGUUUGGUCGAUAUCGACAUCCAACCCAAUUAUGUGCGUGUUGUUAUCAAGGGUAAAGUAUUUCAGCUCCAUCUACCGGAGGAUGUUGACACUACUAACUCCACAGCGCAACGAUCACAAACCACUGGACAUCUGCUUGUUACAAUGCCGAAAGCAAAUGCCAUCUUCAAAAAACCUUUGCUAGAGAACGGCGCUGAUAGUAAAUCUCAAUGGUACACGGAGCAUAAACCAGAGAAUUCUAAUCUUCAAACAGGUCAAACAAAAAGAGAAUAUCUGGAAAUAGGGCCAGCUGAUAACGUUUUAGAUUUUACUAAAAUGACUCAAAAUUCAUAUAAACCAGAAUACAUUGAUCCCCGAUUCAAAUUACAAACAAAACAGCCUUCUCCUGAUUUUGUUGAUGAUCCAUCAGUUCCAGAUCUUAUUUAAAACCUAUAAUUUAAAAUAUAAAUAUUAAACUAUAUAUUUUUUAAAUAAAAGUAAAAGUUCAUUACGUAUUUUUAAUAAAUAUCUACCUACUUAAUUAUAUUUAACAACAUUAUGUUAUUGUCGUGUUCUCAAUUUUUUUUAAACUUAAAUGUAAGAUACCUAUAAACAAAAACGCUGUACAAUAAUCCUUCAAAAUUGGCCACUUUAAAAAAUCAUAAUACAGGAAUAUAGAACAUAAUAGUUAGAUAUAUUAAAAUAAUAGCUAUAUUUGUCCAAUGUAACUCAGUGGGACUAGUGGUGUAGACCGUAUUAAAAAAAUAAUCCAAUAUUAAUAAAUACUCAAUGGGAUAGAGCCUUCUUAUUUACUAUCUCUACAUUUCAUAUGUUUAACAGAAGUAAUAUAUUUAUUUGAUGUUAACAUGAACAAUUACAAACUUAACACGAGUAUCUGUAGUUAUAACUAAUAUAAUGCAUAAUAAUGUGAAA